AUGGAUAGCAAAAGCACUGGAGCCGCUACUGUCAGCGCAGCACCUGAAACUAUUCCUUCUGGACUGAGUGUUUUUAGAACAAUACCGCAUGCCUUAAUCUUGCCAGAGCUGAUCUUUGGCUGCUGGGUGUGGAUUCUUGUAGCGGCUACCACUGUCUAUUUCCCACUGCUGCAGGGAUGGGUUAUGUACGUGUCGAUCAGCUCUUUUCUCAUCUCCCUGAUGCUUCUACUGUCCUACUUGUUUGGCUUCCACAGAAAUUUUGAAUCCUGGAGAAUCCUGGACAGCCUAUACCAUGGAGCUACUGGCAUUUUGUAUAUGAGUGCAGCAGUCCUACAGGCCAAUGCAACGAUCCGUUCGGAGACAGAAGUACUGCCAGAACAUAUACCUCGCUAUUAUCAGCUCAAUGCUGCAGCCACGUUCUUUGCAUUCAUCACAACACUUCUGUACAUUUUGCAUGCCUUCAGCAACUACUACCACUGA